GAGUCCAAGUUAUUUGGGUAUUCGAGAGUCUAUAACCGUUGUCGAUAGGACCAUUAGAUGCGUGAUUAGAAUCCAGUCAAAGGCGACGAUGACCCAUUCUUUUGCGAAAAUUCUCUUCAGUAUAUUAAGCCGCGAGCGAUUUCCUAGCAGUAGUAGGACUUACCGAGAACAACUUGAAUCGAUGAAGGAGGCGGUAAAUCGUGGACUCGUGGAUGCGAGGCAACUUUGUUCCCUUAUCGAAUUAUUGUCUUCUUAUAGACUUGCUGUUUUGUAUGAUAAAAAAAUCCUUGUUCUUUUGUAUGAUAAAAAAAAAAUUGAAUUGUGCUUUAAGCUUCUUUUGUUAGCCAAUUUUCGUGUUUUAAUAAUUUCGC